UAUAUUAAAGUAGAAUGACAGAAAUAUCAGUCAAAUUGAAAUAGUUAAUUAAUUCUUUCAAAUCAUUCCACUCAUUUCACAAAGAUCUUGAUACAAUAAUAAUAAAACGUUGAUGAUUUAAAUGAAUUUCAGUUGCUGUCAAAGAUAAAUAGACAAGUCAAGAUGAUUGCGAAAAGAAAAAUUAAAAAAAAAGAUUAAUCAACAUUAAGAGUAUUUUAAAUUGCUCUUAAAAUAAACAUGUUUUUUAUUUAAAGAGCAAACAGCUGACUGAAUGUUUGGUAUUCUUGGUUUACUUUUGUUUUCAAUCGUUUUCUCUGUGGUCACCAAUGGACGAUGAACUUGCAACGAUUCGAGCUCGAAGACUUGAACAACUCCAACAGCAACAUUCUGAAAGUUCAAAGACUUCAUUAGGUGAUAAUUCUGCUGCUGCUGAUGCUGUUAAACAAGAGGAAAGGAAGGAGAAGGAAGAUGAAUUUCGAAAUUCAAUGUUGACUCAAAUAUUAUCUCAAGAAGCUCGAGCUCGUCUGAAUACGAUAAAAACGGCGAAACCCGAAAAAGGAACAAUGGUCGAAGAUAUUUUGAUCAACAAUGCGAGAAUGGGAGCAAUUAGAAGUAAAUUGUCCGAAGAUGAAUUUAGAAAUAUCCUGGAAAAAGUUAGCGAAAGAUUCAAGAAAGAAACCAAAGUACAAUUCGACAGAAGAAGAGCUGCCAUUGAUUCUGAUUCUGAUGAUUAACUGAAUUAAAUUAAUUUAUUUUCUCUCUUUUUCCAAAUAAAAAACAAAUAAAAUCAAUCAAAUCGAUUGGGAAAAAAAACUCUUAAAACUCAAAGGAAAAUGAUUUGUCCAAAA